UUGUAAGCUCCGAAAUGAAUUAUAUUUCGAGCAUGCUGGAAUCGGUCAACGAUGACUGGAAGCGCAUUCAUACUUCAACACUUUCCAGGGCGUCUUUGCAAAGUAUAGCGAAGGCUUCCAUAGGUGAGACAUUGACUGGAAGACUGAUUCAGGCUGUGGCUCAAAAUGUGCGCAAAGAUGUUAGCCAAGUAGUAGCUGAGGCCGCAAAGUAUGCACGUCGUACACGUUCCUCGAAGAUUACAAUGGAUCACUUGCUGUUUGCUUUGGAGGAGCUCAAUAUUAGUUUGGACCUUCUACAUGUAAAUUACGCGAAGCCAGAUCCGAUUGAGGCAGAUAAACCCAUUUCUAAGCCACCAAUUAAAAAAUCAUCAAUUAAUCGAGUGUCUCGAAAAUAUUCAAAAAUAAGAAAAAGGGAACGCGAAGAGCAAUACGAACCGUACGAUAGUAAUGCACCUUUAGAAGAGCGCAAACGCUGGCUGAAGCGCGAGCGAGUGCUGCUCAUGUCAAACAAAAGGUUUCCCUUAUCCAAGGAGCAGCAAGAGCUCUAUCUGGUAAUCACGGAGGCGUGCAUGGGCAGCUCCGAGUCGGCACGCCGAGAGGCGCUGCAGAGUCUAAGGACCGAUUCGUCACUGCAGCCAAUGCUCUACAGAUUGAGUCUGUUUAUUUGCGAAGCGAUCAAGGUGAAUGUGGCACAGCAGAACUUUGCUCUGUUGAUAUAUUUGAUGCGUAUGGUGCAAAAUUUGCUGGCUAAUCCACAUUUACAGCUGCAUAACUAUCUUCACCUUUUAGUGCCAUCUUUACUCUCCUGUGCUGUGACUCGGCAACUCUGCCCCUUUCCGAAGGCUCAGGAUCAAUUGGCGGUGCGCGAAUAUGCUACCACCGUUAUGGCCGACCUUAUUAGGGCUUAUGGCUACCUCGGAAAUGAUAUUCUGUCAAGAGUAAUUAGCGUAUAUAAGACGGGGCUUAAGUCUUCCAUAUUAAUGACGAUUUAUGGCAGCCUCAUUGGAUUGGGCAAAAUGGGUAAAUAUGUAAUACGUGACUGUGUUAUACCAGAAAUUCGAUCUAUAUCGGAAGUAAUCGAACCGCAUUUGCUCAAGAAAGACCCUGAUAAGUAUUUAUUUAAAAUUGCGAAAUAUAUACGGCACAGACUUUUGAAAAUGACCGCUCCAAUUCUUAAGAACAUACAUGAUACAUCCGAUGACAGGGACGAGUAUACAAAAAGAUAUGGUUAUUUAGGAAACACAUUGUAUGAUGCCGUUUUAUUGGACCACUUUGUGGAUAAUCUCAUUGAAGAGAUCGAAGAGGAUAAUAUAUCACAUAUAAAUGCAGAAGAAUAG